AUGUCUACCACCGAGCCUUCUACAAAGCCUCUUGCCACUACCGACCACCCAUGCCCUGUCCAAGCCAUCAAAGUUACAGUGCAUACCACUGGGUUCUUCUUUGAAGGCGACACACGAAGCGGGAAUCACGCCUCCAUCUACCUUUUGAUACCCAAUGGAGACUCAGUUCAGUUGAAUAUGUAG